CGCGCUGGGAGAUGUGUGAAGUUGGGUGUGCGUGCUGGCACAGAUAUUCAAGGGCAGCUCAGAGCGAGCUCGAGCGUGCUGCUUCCAGGGGGGAGAGAGCGGCUGCUGCUGAAAGAACAAGCUGGCAGGAUCAUGACAGAGCCAAGCAGCAGAAAGGAAGGAUUUAAAAAAUGCCGGAGUGCUACUUUCAGCAUCGAUGGCUAUAGCUUUACAAUUGUUGCAAAUGAGACGGGUGACAAAAAUGCACGACCACUUUCACGAUUUGCCCGGUCUAAAUCACAAAACUGCUUGUGGAACACCAUUAUUGGUGGGCUGACUGGCAACCUCAAGGAAAGACCAAAGCCCACCAUCAUCAGUGACCCGAGACCUCCUGAGGAAAUCUUAGCAGAUGAGCUACCACCAGUGGACAGUCCUGAAGCAUUGGUGAAAACAUCUUUCAGGUUGCGGUCUUUGGUAAAGCAGUUAGAGAGAGGGGAAGCUUCAGUUGUAGACCUAAAGAAGAAUUUGGAAUAUGCUGCAACUGUUCUUGAGUCAGUAUACAUUGAUGAAACUAGGCGACUACUGGACACAGAAGAUGAGCUCAGUGACAUCCAGUCCGACUCUGUGCCCUCAGAGGUCCGGGACUGGUUGGCUUCUACCUUCACACGACAAAUGGGGAUGAUGCUCAAAAGGACUGAGGAAAAGCCCCGGUUCAGAAGUAUUGUCCAUGCAGUACAAGCGGGAAUAUUUGUGGAAAGAAUGUACAGACGAACAUCAAAUAUGGUUGGUUUGAGCUACCCACCAGCUGUAAUUGGAGUGCUAAAGAAUGUAGACAAGUGGUCCUUCGAUGUAUUUGCAUUAAAUGAUGCCAGUGGGGAUCAUGCACUGAAAUUCAUUUUCUAUGAACUUCUCACACGCUAUGAUCUGAUCAACCGUUUCAAGAUCCCCAUUUCUGCCCUGGUGUCCUUUGUGGAAGCUCUGGAGGUUGGGUACAGCAAACACAAAAAUCCUUAUCACAACCUAAUGCAUGCCGCGGAUGUGACACAGACAGUCCAUUACCUCCUUUUCAAGACAGGCGUAGUGCACUGGCUGACAGAGCUGGAGAUCUUUGCUAUGAUCUUCGCAGCUGCCAUCCAUGACUAUGAACACACGGGAACUACCAACAACUUUCACAUCCAGACACGGUCAGACUCAGCCAUUCUAUAUAAUGACCGGUCUGUGCUUGAAAAUCACCAUGUUAGUGCAGCGUAUCGUCUUUUGCAAGAUGAUGAAGAGAUGAAUAUUUUGUCUAAUCUCUCAAAGGAUGACUGGAGGGAGUUCAGAGCUCUGGUGAUUGAGAUGGUGUUAGCCACUGAUAUGUCCUGUCACUUCCAGCAAAUCAAAGCCAUGAAGAAUGCUUUGCAGCAGCCAGAAGGAAUUGACAAGCCGAAAGCCUUAUCACUGUUGUUGCAUACAGCAGAUAUCAGUCAUCCAGCCAAGGCCUGGGACCUCCAUCACCGCUGGACCAUGUCUCUGCUAGAGGAGUUCUUCAGACAGGGUGACAAAGAAGCAGAACUAGGGCUUCCUUUCUCUCCAUUGUGUGACCGCAAGUCUACGAUGGUUGCUCAGUCUCAAAUAGGUUUCAUUGAUUUCAUCGUGGAGCCCACUUUUACUGUGCUAACUGACAUGACUGAGAAGAUUGUGACACCGCUCAUUGAUGAAGCUUCCCGCUCUGGCAUGUCCGGAUUCAGGCGUUCCAGUCUGAAUAGCAUUAGUCCCUCCGAUGUUAAAAGAUCAAGUGUCAAGAGCACUGGGUCAGAAGGAAGUGCCUCACUCAACUGCUCCAUUCUCACUGUGGACUUCAAAUGUUUUAAAGCCACCUGGACUGAGGUGGUGCAGCAGAACCGGGAGAAAUGGAAAGCGCAAGCCACCAAAGAAGAAAAAGCUAAGAAAGAAGCAGAGGAAAGUGUUCAUCAGGGAACAGAUGAAAAGAAAACAGAUGAAAAGGAUGAAAAUCCAGCUGAAGAUGCGACAGCAGCAAAGACAGAGAACAGCAAAGAAACAAAUCCUGGGGAAAACAAAAAUGCAGAUUCCAAUGAGAAUCAUGUAAAUGGGACUCAGCAAACUGGGAUGAACAAACAAGAAAUCUCUCAAGGAAAAAAUGCACCUAGGACAGAUAAGGGGGUGGACUCUCAUCAGACGGUGAGAGAAGAGAAGCAGCAUGUCCAGAAUGGUGAAUUAAAGGAAGACAGCAAAUCAGACAAAAAAGAUCAGUCUAAUGUGGGAAAUGAAACAAAGAAAACAGAUGGUGCAACGCAACUUCCAGCUGGUUCACCAGGCUCAGGUUCCUCAGCAAACCGUCUUCCAUUGCCAGCCAUCAAACCACAGCUGCAUCACCUCAAGAGGUCCACUCACAGCUCAGGAGCCUAUUUCCCAGCCUUCCACAAGAAAUCGGAGGAACAUUCGGUGAGGUAUAAGCUCCUUGACCAAAGGGGAAGGAUGAAAAAAAUCCAAAAUAUUUCCCAGAACUGGAAUAGGAAAUAG